UUUAUUUAUUACUAGAAAUUGAUAUGGUCGCUGGAUGAAACGUCUAAAAUAUAAUUAAACAAAGAAUAUAAAAGAUAUGGCUGCAAACGAAACUACCGAGGUAGAAAAGAAUCCUUAUGCAUAUCUUGAAAGAGCUGAUUUUACCUCAGAAAAAUACAAGAUUGAGGUACGCGGUUUACCCAAAUAUUAUGGAAUUGGUGAAUUUAAGAAGCUGUUAAAUGAAAAACUAGACUUACAAUCAUGUAAGAUAAAACCACCGAAACAAAGCAGUGGAUGGCUCUUUGUAUCUUUUAGAAGCGAAGAAAAUCGACAAAAAGCUAUAGAAACCUUAAAUGGAAUAUUGUGGAAAAAUUGUAAACUUAGUGCUCAGGUAGCAAAACCAGCACCAGAUCCAUUUGUAAAAAGAAGAUUAGAAGAAGAAAAUUCAAAUAAGCGUUUAAAGAUGGAAGAAAAUAGUCAAAGUAUAUCCAUAGAGGAUAAAGUUAAAUUGACUACAAUUCCCCUUUGGAAUAUGCUUUAUCCAAGUCAGUUGGAAUUAAAACAAAAAGAAAUGAGUUCAAUUUUAACAACUAUUUGUAAACAAAUGUUGAAGAAAAGUAAAGGUGACCUUCUGGACUGGUUAAAUUAUCAGAAAGAUAAAUAUCAAGGGCUACCUUGUGAAUUACUUCCUAUAUUAAGUACUGAUGCAAUUACAGGAUAUAGAAAUAAAUGUGAAUUUACAGUUGGUAAAAGUGAUAAAGAGGACAAAGUUGUCAUAGGAUUCAGAUUAUCGAGUUAUGCAGCUGGUUCCACAGCAGUGGGCCCCAUAGAUAAUCUUUGUCAUAUUCCUGAUAAAAUGAAAGUAGUGGUAAAAGUUCUUGAAGAGUUCAUAAAAAAUACUGAAUUGAAACCUUUUGAUCCAGUUGAUCAUAGUGGGUACUGGAGACAAGUUACUGUUAGAACUACUCUUUGCAAUGAUGUUAUGGUAAUAGUAGGAAUACAUCCUCAAGAUUUAACUCCUGAAAAAUUGGAGGAAUUAAAAUUACAAUUGAAAGCUUUUUUCACAGUCGGGGAAGGCACACAAGCCCGUGUAACAUCGUUAUAUUUUCAAAUAAUGAAGAUGAAAAGCAUCAAUGGAAAAGGGGAAGAUAAUUUUGAUCACAUUAGCGGAAUGAAGUACAUAGAGGAAACAUUGCUGGGUAUGAAAUUUCGGAUAUCUCCUCAAGCAUUCUUUCAAGUGAAUACGUUAGGCGCUCAAGUAUUAUACAAAGCAGCUAUUGAUUUAGCAAAACCAACUGCAGAUACUGCCCUACUUGAUAUUUGUUGUGGUACCGGGACAAUUGGACUUGCAUUUUCUAAGUAUUGCGGCGAAGUGUUUGGAUUAGAAAUGAUAGAGGAUGCUAUUAAAGACGCUAAAGAAAAUGUCGUUGCGAAUAAAAUAUCAAACUGUGAAUUCUUCGUUGGCAAAGCUGAAGAUAUUUUAUCUGCUGUUGUACGGAGAACUACUAAGCCCGAUAUCAUUGCCGUUGUAGAUCCUCCGCGAGCCGGACUUCAUCAGAGAGCGUUAUUGACUAUGCGCAAAUCGAAAAAGUUAUCGAGAUUAGUAUAUAUAUCUUGUGAUCCUCGAGCAGCUGCAAAAAAUCUAGUUGACCUAGCUAAGCCCGUCUCGAAGCAAUAUGUCGGAGAACCUAUGGUACCGGUAAAGGCUGUCGCUGUAGAUAUGUUUCCAUAUACUAAGCACUGUGAAUUAGUUCUUUGUUUGGAAAGGUUAUCCGUAGCCAUGAAAGCACGUGAUUCUAUUUAGUAAUGCCUGUAUAU